AUGUCAUCCGUAGUGAAAGUGGAGCCGUUAUCUGGUGUGAAGGAUGAAGGACCUCUUUGUUAUUUAUUACAGUUCGUUGAUAUGGGUGAUUUCAUAUGCCUUCUAAAGGAGACCUUUCUAUUACUGGACUGUGGUUGGGACGAAAAAUUUGAUAUGGGUUAUAUCGAGUCCAUAAGGUCACGAAUAUCUCAGAUCAGUGCAGUUCUCAUCACGCAUCCGGAUCAACCUCACUUAGGCGCAUUAGCAUAUCUCGUAAAGUAUUGCGAUCUCCGAGCUCCCAUUUAUUGCACGGUACCAGUGUAUAAAAUGGGGAUGAUGUUUAUGUAUGACUGGAUUAAUAGCUUAAUGAGCGUCGAAAACUUUGAGUUAUUCACCCUUGAUGAUGUCGAUGUGGCAUUUGAUCGUAUUCAAAAGCUCAAAUUCAAUCAAACGGUCCCUCUUCGAGGUGAUAGUCAGAUCAAAAUAACAGCACUGCCUGCUGGGCAUAUGAUCGGUGGAGCAAUGUGGAGAAUCACCCGGCAUGAUGAAGAAGAUAUUAUUUAUGCAGUCGACUAUAAUCACAAGAAGGAACGGCAUCUUAAUGGAUGCUCCUUUGACACAAUUCUCAGACCUUAUUUGUUGAUAACUGAUUCUCUGAAUGCUCUAUACACUCAACCGAGAAGGAAGGAACGAGAUGAACAACUAGUAACAACGAUACUCAAAACAGUUCGACAAAAUGGUGAUUGUGCUAUUGUUAUUGAUACCGCUGGUCGUGUACUGGAAAUCGCUCAUUUGUUAGAUCAGUUAUGGGCCAAUACACAGUCCGGGUUGCAAAAGUAUAACCUAGUUAUGAUGAGCCACGUUGCUGCGUCUGUUGUCGAAUUCGCGAAAUCACAAGUGGAGUGGAUGUCAGACAAAGUCUUAAAGAGUUUCGAAAUGGGUCAAACAAAUCCGUUCCUUCUCCGCAAUGUGAAACUUUGUCAUUCACAAAUUGAUUUGGCACGAAUUAGAUCACCUAAGGUUGUUUUAUGCAGCGGCAUUGACAUGGAAUGCGGUUAUUCUCGUGAAUUAUUCCUGGAUUGGUGUGGGGACAGCAGGAACUCCUUUAUUAUCACAGGUCGAUCCAGUGAACGUACUCUAUGUUCAAAGCUUAUCUACAUGGCUGAGUGCUUGGCAACGAACUCGCGGACUAAUCGUAUAGUAGCAUUAGAAGUGAAGAAGAGGGUGCGAUUAGAAGGUGCAGAACUAGAAGCUUAUAAGAAGAAGAAGGCCCAAAAGGACAAAGAGGAGUCGCGCCGAAGUUGUAACGUGGAGUACAUCGAGUUUGAAGGUCGAUCUGACGGUGAGUCGACGAAAAAGCUUAUCGCACAAAUGAAACCGAAGCAAUUGAUUCUUGUCCAUGGAUCCGCACAGGCCACCCGACAUCUUGGUCACAUUUUUACUCCAUCAAUCGGAGAGGUGGUGGACGCAACUGUGGCUUCUCAUAUUUACCGUAUACUAUUGAAUGAUGAGCUAUUUGAUAGUUUAGAAUUCAUAAAGGUUGUUUAUGUAAACGAUCCGAAGCUUUCUGAAAUGAAACAACUGCUUAUCAACAUGGGUUAUUCAGCGGAGUUUUCGUCCGGAGUCUUGUAUAUAGGAGGAGUGAUCUCAAUUCGUCGUAAUGAGGCUGGUCGCUUUCAUAUUGAAGGAUGCGCUGGUCCAUCUUAUCUCAAGUUACGUGAUAUUAUCCUUGAACAGUUUAUGGUUCUUUAA